UUUCACCACCGUCUGUGUGUCCCCUAAGCCAACCUCAUCGAUCAGUUGUAGUAUUUUGUAGCUGACAAAGCUAAUAGCUUGUGUGUUUUGGUCUCUAUCAGUUGCUGGUGGGAGGUGGUGGAGUAAUCAAUCGCCACCAUUUUCUCCGCCUCCCUUUUUUCCCGCAUUAAAGCUUUUCCAGCAAUCAAGCUCAUAGCAAUAUGCUCAAAAAGAAUGCAUCCCUAGUGUGAGAAACAUAUAAAUACGUGCACAAGCUGAGAGAGGUAGAAAGAGAGAGAGAGAGAAAGGGCAGUUGAAGAGGGUUCUUGAAGAGGUAUAGCGUAGCAUAAAAUGGACAACAAGCCCAUUUUGUUUGCUUGAUUUCAAAUUUGCUUCUUUUUUUCUUGGUUGAUUACCAUAUUCUUUCUUCCUUCUAACUUUUCUCUCUUCUUUUUCUUUGGGAUCUGAUCAUUCUUGACAACAAGAAGACAAAGUUUGUCAGGUGUACAACCAGAAUUUGAGCAUACUUCAAUUCCCGAGGAAAACCCUUUUGUAUCAAACAUUCUUUCUAGGCUUUUCUUUUUCUGUCUGCUUCAGUGGGCUCAAAAGUUGCAAGAGAGUGACGAGCACUUCCCAGAAAAAGAAUUUUAAAUGCUUUCACUUGACUGAUUGGUUGGCAAGAAGUUUGGAUUCAAUUAAGAAACAUUUUCCGAAGAAUUUUUCAGUACUUUUAAAGGAUUCUCGAGGUCUUCCUCUGCACUUGAAAGAACAUGAAUACUUUUUCACACGUUCCUCCAGGUUUUAGAUUCCAUCCUACAGAUGAAGAAUUAGUUGACUACUAUCUACGGAAGAAGAUUGCUUCAAAAAGAAUUGAUCUAGAUGUAAUUAAGGAUGUUGAUCUUUACAGAAUCGAACCAUGGGAUCUUCAAGAACUUUGCAAGAUAAGUACAGAGGAGCAGAAUGAGUGGUAUUUCUUUAGUCAUAAGGAUAAGAAGUAUCCAACUGGAACACGCACUAAUAGAGCUACAAAAGCAGGAUUCUGGAAAGCUACAGGAAGAGACAAAGCUAUUUACUCUAAGCAUAGUUUAAUUGGCAUGAGAAAGACCUUGGUAUUUUAUAAAGGUCGAGCCCCAAAUGGACAAAAAUCAGACUGGAUAAUGCAUGAAUACAGACUAGAAACCAAUGAGAAUGGGACUCCUCAGGAAGAAGGAUGGGUUGUGUGUAGGGUGUUCAAGAAGAGAUUGCCAACUGUACGGAAGGAAGGAGACCUCGAGUCACUAUGUUGGUACGAUGAUCAAGUUUCUUUCAUGCCCGAAUUUGACUCUCCAAGGCGGAUACCUCAUUCAUAUUCAUCAUACAAUCCUCAGUAUUCCUGCAAGCAAGAGUUUGAACUGCAAAACAACAUCCCCCAGGAUGUAUUCCUCCAGCUUCCUCAACUUGAGAGCCCUAGAGUUCCACAGUCGAUCACCAAUGUAAGCUGCAGUUUAAUGGUACCAUACGGUUUUGAUAGGAGCAGUGGAAGCAUUUUACAGUCUUCAACCCUUGCACAUGAAGCACCACAUCUGCAACAAAGCCACCAACCCCAAAUAGUUUACAUUAACAACACUGAUCAAGGUGUUGAACAAGUGACUGAUUGGCGAGUUCUCGACAAGUUUGUCGCAUCUCAGCUAAGUCAUGAAGAUGCAGCAAAGCAGACUGCCUAUUCUGAUGGACCUUCUUCACUUCAAGUGGCAGAACACAUGAGCAUGCUAGUGAAUGAUGAAUCAAAGCAACAAGAAAUGACGUCACCAGAAUUUGGCUGUGUAUCCGCCCCGAGUCCUCAAGUGAUCUUUGGAAGUAAGAAUAUGUUAAUUUAACUACAAUUACAUAUAGUACUAAUCAGUCAUAGGAAGGUACUACAAAUAGAAGAAAGAAAUGUGACAACAGUUUCUGUACAUAAUAAAUUGCUAAGUACUACUAAGUAGCUAUUUGGUUGCUUGUACACAAUGUACUAAUGUUCAGAGGCAUAUAUAGGUUCAUGAGAGACACCUACUAAUAAGUAUAUAUGGAUGCGUAUAUGGUUUGUAAGCUAUAAGUGCUGGUGACACUACUACUGUGGGAUUGUUGAAUAUGUUUCCUUUUAUUGAGGUUCAACAAGCACUUAAAUGGUUGCUUUUUGCAA